AUGCAAGUUCUCUCGACUGUCAUCUCUCGACGUGGAUUAUCUCGGUUGGCUAUAGGUUCGCGGGCUGCGGCAGCAAGUAUCAGUAAUUCAGCAACAUCGAGAUUGGCUAGCACAUCUCUAGAAGGCACUGCCGUGUCUCGUCCUGCUCCUGGCUCUACGUUGCACCAGAUUCGCGCCAUGUCAUCCCCAGCGCAAAACGAGCUGCGGUUCAAGAACCCAAGGAUCUUCGUUUGCGAUAUUCAAGAAAAGUUUCGCCAUGUCAUUCACGAAUUCGAUAGCAUCGUCCUCACCACCCAAAAGCUCCUCAAAUUCGCAAACACUCUCUCCGUUCCCGUCGUAACCACGACCCAAACCUCAGCCAAGCUUGGUCCCACAGUCUCAGCUCUGGCGCAGCUCCUCCCCUCGUCACCACACGACAAGACACGUUUCUCCAUGUCCAUUCCCUCCAUCACCGUCGAUCUACCUCAGGGCUCCGAAAUCGCUCUUGUCGGCAUUGAGUCUCAUAUCUGCAUUACCCAGACAGCGCUCGAUUUGCGCGACGCAGGGCAUAAGGUGUAUGUCAUUGCUGAUGGAGUAUCCAGCUGUAAUCCUCGCGAGGUCGAAAUUGCCCUCGAUCGAUUGCGUGCCGAGCCCGGAAUCACGGUCACGUCGAGCGAGAGCUGGAUGUAUGAAUGCGUGGGAGAUUCGCAACAUCCUGCUUUCAAGGGACUGAUUGGUGUUGUCAAGGAGUCAAUUGCAGACACCAGAAAGGUUUGGCAAGCCUUGCCUCCUGGUUCCAAGAUAUAG